CCGCUCCCUCCCUCCAACAAAGAAGGAACGAUCCACUGCGCCUCGCCUGCGGCACACACACCCCUCGACACCCAAGGUUUGGUUGGAUCGUCGUGCUCCAUGGGGCUUCUUGACCAGCUGUGGGACGACACAGUGGCCGGGCCGCGGCCGGACCACGGCCUCGGCAGGCUCCGCAAGUACGCCUCCUUCUCCCCGUCCUCCGCGGCGGCCGGUACGACCGCCGCUGCCGUGCCGUCGGCCGACGUGGCGGCGCCGGCGGUGACGCGGAGCAUCACCAUCCUCCGCCCGCCGGCCCUGUCCGUGACGUCGCCGCGCAGCGAGUCCGGCUCCGGCUCCGCGCCCUCGUCCCCGGCCAGCGUCCCCGACUCCCCCUUCGGCACAGCAACGACGCCCAGGGGAGAGAGUGGCUGGAGCAAGCUGCGCCGCAAAGGCAGGAUGGCCGCCGACGGCAUAGAGGCUAGCCCGGGCACCCCCAGGAGCCCCACCGUCUACGACUGGGUGGUGAUCAGUUCGCUGGACCGCUAACCGUGAAAACAGAAGCGGAUCCACCAAGACGGAGAAGCGCACGAGCACAAGGAGAGUAGCUGCAAACUAUGACCGGAAGAUCAUGGAACCCUGCCCCAGUAUAUGUUACUGUAUCAGUUAUAUGUACUACUACUAGUACUACUUCCGUUGUAAACAUCCACUCCACGUGAGAUGGUGCUAGUUUUCGUAGCCAAGGAUGUGCCACCGUGUAGAUGGAUCUAAGUCGUAGCUCAAGGAAAACUUGGUAGUAGGCAACCGGCGACGUGCAACGACCUGAGGCGAAUGAGACCGGUGUGAAGCGUGUGUGUAAAUCCUACCAGUAGGUGUAGAUGAGAGGGGAUCCCCUGCUGCUUGCUCUGCACAAGGCCCGCGGGCAGCAUGUGCUAAUGCAUGCAGUGUAAAAUAUGUCUGCAAUAAUGCAUGGCGAAGUGAGCCUCCACUUCUUUGAUUA